GUUUCUCGCUGUACGGUCACGAUAUAUAACCCAUUUAGGCGGUUUAUUAAGCACUAAAAUUUGGUUCACAUCGCUUCAAUGCGAAACAGUGAGCAAACAUUCGGCCAUAAUCCGUGUUAUGACCGAACCAGUGCUUCGUCUUCUGAACAAAAUACAAUUUAAUUUGGAUAAAUGGUUUCAUAAUAGCUGUUUUUCACCAACCAAGGAGGGGUUACUGGGGAUUUAGGGGCCUCCGUUUGUCUUUGUUUGCCGGCAGUUCCGCGGUGGGACAGCCCCUUGCGUCGCUCCACCAAUGGCUCACUCCCGGCCGGCGAGGACGUCACUACUAUCGGGUCGGGUUUAGUGGGACUCGGGGGAAGUCGGGACUCGUCUUCACUGUACGAGGACCGGCCACGAGUACAAGAUGGCCAGUCAGCUGGUGACCCCAGACUCCACCCCUCUCAGGUCUAGUCGCUUCCAGCUGGUGGCCUGGGUCAACAAGCUCCUUCAGACCAAAUUCAUGGACGUGAGACAGUUUGGUUCAGGGGCGGUGCAGUGUCAGAUUUUGGACAGUGUCAUACCAGGUUCAGUGGACUUGACCCAAGUCAGGUUUGCUGCUCAGAGCGAAGAAGACUGCACACACAACUUCUCCAUCCUGCAGGACUCCCUGAGCAACUUCAACAUCCCCAAGACGUUUCCAGUGCCCAAGCUCAUCAAGGGAGAGCUCCGCAGCAACCUGGAGACUCUUCGCUGGUUCCAAGCUUUCUACAUGGCGAACGAGUCAGACGAGGCCUAUGAUGCUGUGAAAGCUCGAAACAAGCAAGACAUCGUCCCACUGGUCCUGGAGAACAGAAGUCCGGGAAUGGAUUCGGAGCCUGAUUUGAACGGGUCCGGAAAGAAGUUGUACAACCAGCGCUGGGAGGAGGAGUUCAGCUGGGUGGAGCAGAGUCCUCUCGGGAAACAGUACUCCUUCUGCCGGGUUUGCCACAAGAACCUCAAGACAGCCAUGAACGGAGUUGUGGACCUGAAACGGCACCAGGACUGUAAAAGCCAUAGCAAGAAACUUGAUUCGCCAAAAGCCCAAGUGCACCAGCCGAGCCUGCGCCGAGGCAGUGCAGCGACGCCAGAGACGUUGAGUCGUGGCAUGGCAGAGCAAGAGGAGCCAGAGGAGGAUGCUUCGGAGCCGGUGGGCAGGAGCAAGACCUGCAGCCAUUUGGGUGUGGAGUUUAUCAAGAAACACUCCUCACCUCCUCACAACUAUCAGCACGAGUUCGUCACAUCGAUGGGCGAACGCAACCCCUACUGCCUGUACCUGUACGACGGCCAGAAACUGGACUCAGACCUGGAAGUUGCCGUGAUUCUAGUUGGAUUUUUGGACUUGCAAAAGUCCCGGCAGUGUGUCCGCUUUCUGGAUGCCGUUGAGUCUCCGACAAGUGGGGCUGCCGUGGUGGCAGUCCUGGAAAAGUUCCACCUGUCCACUGACGACCUUGUGGCUCUUCACCUGUCUGACGAGAAGCAGGCUGCACAGGAGGUCUGUUCCCACCUGUGGGGGAUCAACCCCAACAUCGUGGUGCCCGGUCACCUCCGUGGACUCGCUGACGCAGCGUGUGACGCAGGAGUCCAGGUGCUUUCUGCUCCUGUCCGUCAGCUGAUCGACGACCUCCAUGCACAUCACCUCUCUACCUCACACCAGAUCCUGCCUCUCCAGUCUGUCUUCGACUCCAAGUUCCUCAGUAAGGAAUUCUCUGGACUUAGUAUCCACCUGCUGUUGUCCAGAAUCCUGGCAGUGUGGGGGGACCUCCUGCAGUCCUUCAGGACCUGUGAAGACUCUGAGAAGGUUCAGCACAUCCGCUCACAGCUCCAGAAUCCUGAAAUACAAGCCACGUUCAUCUUCCUGGAGCAGGCCCUCAAGCCCUUGCACAGACUCCAGGACAGCACUGAGGCAGCAGCCGAUGUAGAGCUGCCGCUCAUCUACAGAGGCAUCAGUGACCUGCUGAGCACCUUUGCCUCUCGCUUCCUUCAUCAGAGCGCAGCUACCCGCUUCCUGGACGAGAACAACGUCCAGAUCCUCCAGAACAACCAGUUCCACCUCACGGAUUCUCCACUGAGUGUGUGUGGCAAGGCAGUGGAGGACUUCCUGGAGAAAUCCAAAUCGUCUGAGCUGUUGCCUCUGCUCCAGGAGAGGGCGCUGUCCUUCUACAUCGCCACCACUUCAAAGAUCUCUGAAGAGCUGCCUGUGAGCGCAGGACUCCUCAAAAGCAUUGGCGACCUUCUGGACCCCAUGUCAUGGCGAACAGUGACCGUUGCUACAGUGCGAGAGCUCGGGACAAAAGUGGGGGUCUGCUGCUCCCCAAAGGAAGCCCUCCAGCUCGCCAGAGACUUUGAAGAAGUCAGGAAAGAUGAGCCUCAGGCAGAGGAGAGGAAGAACGGUCACGCGUCAGUCUCACUGGGGAGUCACUGGGCGUCCAUCUUGAAAGAAACCACAUCCAAGUCUCUCUUCAGGAGGCUGGUUCUCACGCUUCUGUGUCUUCCAUGUCCACCCCCUGAUACCUCACUGGUUUUUACCCAGGCUCUCCAGCAGCCCAGCACCACAGACUCCUCUGGUCCUGAGGCGCCGGUGAGCGUCAGAGUCAGCAACACCACGUGGAGUGACUCCCGGGCUGGUUUGCCUUCAGGACCGCGCUGCCCGCAGGGUUUCUUUCCGUGUGAAGUUGUUCUCAACCGACUGGACGAGUCUCUGAGCGAGAUUGAGGGGUUGAAAGUCUGCUGGGAAGUGGCUCCACGAGGUCGACCCACCCGUAGCUGCUCCAGGAAGGAAGCCUACCAGGAUGGGCGGGGCUUUGGGGUCGGGGAGCUGGUCUGGGGAAAACUGAAAGGCUUCUCCUGGUGGCCUGGAUUGGUGAUGCCCUGGAAGACCAACUCAUCACCAGCAGGGAUCAGGAGGGUGGAGUGGUUUGGAGACGGGAUGUUCUCAGAGAUCUACACGGAGAAGCUCCUCCACUUCAGGAACUUCCGCCAGUGCUUCUGUAAGAACUCCUUUGCCAGCCUGCCCAUCUACAAAGACGCCAUGUAUCAGAUCCUGGAGUUGGCAGGAGAACGUGCUGGUAAAUCUUUCUCUGAAGCUGGAGGAGAUCGAGCCCAGGAGAUGAGGCUGAUGGUGGACUGGGCCUUGCAUGGCUUCCUGCCGAAGGGACCUGCGGGGUUCUCACCUCCAGGAGAUUCUUCGUCCCAAGCUGACUCGGAGGACUCGUCUCUGUCCGACUAUCAGCCUCCUGCCAAGAGGAAGUACGCCUUGAAAAGCAAGAGCUUGUCCGCCGGCUCCCGCUACUGCCGAGAACUGAUCAGAAAGAAGCUGAAGGACGGUCUGAAGAUUGAAAAGCUGUGUUUGCCGUGCGGCUCCACCGACGUGGUGUCUCCACACCCCAUCUUCCAGGGUGGCCUCUGUCUCAAGUGCAAGGAGAACUUCACCGAGACCUUGUUCCGCUACGAUGAGGACGGUUACCAGUCCUACUGCACCAUCUGCUGUGCUGGGAUGGAGGUGGUUCUGUGUGACAACCCCAGCUGCUGCAGGUGUUUCUGUAAGGACUGUCUGGAUAUUCUGGUGCAACCGGGGACCUUUGACCUGAUCAAGCAGCAGGACCCGUGGCACUGUUUCAUCUGCAAACCCUCGCAGUGUCAGCAAGAGCUGCGGCUGAGGCCCGACUGGAGCGUCCGAGUGCAGGACUUCUUCGCCAACGACAGCGCCUUCCAGUUUGAGCCUCACCGACUGUACCCCUGCAUCCCUGCCCACCAGCGCCGGCCGCUCAGAGUGCUGUCUCUGUUCGACGGCAUCGCCACGGGGUACCUGGUCCUCAAAGAUCUGGGCUUCAACAUCGAGCGCUACAUCGCGUCGGAGAUCUGCGAGGACUCCAUCGCAGUGGGGAUGAUCAAGCACGAGGGCAGGAUCCAGUACGUCAACGACGUCCGCACCAUCACCAGGAAGCACCUGGCGGAGUGGGGACCCUUCGACCUGCUGAUCGGAGGAAGUCCUUGCAAUGAUCUGUCCAUGGUCAACCCGCUGAGGAAAGGCCUCUUCGAAGGAACCGGCCGCCUCUUCUUCGAGUUCUACAGGAUCUUGACCUUGCUGAAACCCAAGGAGGAAGAAGAGCGGCCCUUCUUCUGGUUGUUUGAAAACGUGGUUUUCAUGUCUGCCAACGACAAGGCAGACAUCUGCCGCUUCCUGGAGUGCAACCCCAUUUUGAUCGACGCCAUCAAGGUCAGUCCGGCGCACAGAGCUCGCUACUUCUGGGGGAACCUGCCCGGGAUGAACAGGCCCGUGGCAUCCUCGCUGGACGAUAAGGUCAUUCUCCAGGACUGUCUGGAGGUCGGACGGGUUGCUAAGUUCGACAAAGUGCGGACCAUCACCACUAAGUCCAACUCCAUCCGGCAGGGGAAGACGGGUCCGCUGCCAGUGAGCAUGAACGGUCGGGAGGACUACCUGUGGUGCACGGAGAUGGAGCAGGUCUUCGGCUUCCCCAAGCACUACACCGACGUCAACAACAUGGGGCGGGCGCAGAGGCAGAAGGUCCUGGGUCGGUCCUGGAGCGUCCCCGUGAUCCGGCAUCUCUUCGCCCCCCUCAAAGACUACUACCAGUGUCAGUCCUAGUGAUGACAUCAUCAGCAGAUCAGGAGCAAGUCAGGAAACAGGAAAGGCCUUUUACAUUUGCAACCAAUCGAUCCACAAUCUACCUCAGAUGCCAUUUUUAUCCUCUUAUUUAUGUUUCUGUCUUCCUGUGUGUGCAGACUGGCUGGUGCUGCUGGGGUCACUGCUGUUUUAUUCUAUAAUCCAGUCUGUGAACUUUUUACUCGUUUUAUCACUUGACAUUGAGCGGUGUAUUUUAAAUGUCAGGCUUUGUUACUAAUGGUGCUAAAGACAAUUUAGGAGUGGGCCGCGUCCCAUUUGUCCUGAAAGCUGUUUCCUCAGAACCCAAAGUGACAGCACUGUUCAUGAAAUGAGGCUGGACAUUGCGUCUCUUCCACUGUGACAGGGUGCGUCGCCAGUGUGGACCCGCUGUGGAACACUGGGCAAAGUUGGUGCUAACUACUUGU